CAGGUAUUAACGACUUUAUAUUUGUGCAUAAUAAUAUUUAAUUCGAUCAAAUAUCUCAGCAAACUUCGAUAUUUGGAAAGAGUAUACAAAAGAAUAAGGGAGAAUCCCAAUUGAAACAGUCGGCAUUCAUUUGACACAAAAGUAUUUAAGCGGCUGCAUCCUCUGACCUCCCUUAUUCCUAUAUUUCUUUCUUCUUAUUGCAAUCAUGGUUAUAUUCAGAUCAAGCCAACCAACUGUCAAUGUCCCUGAUACAGACAUCUACGCGCAUGUUUUUGAUUCAAAUAAGUUUAAUCAAAGUCGCUCGCAAAAUAAACCUUUGCUGAUUGAUGGAUUGUCUGGAAAAUCACUUUCUUAUGCUCAAGUGAAAGAUUUGUCUGAUAGAAUUGCUGCAGGUUGGAAAGAAAAGGUGAAAUUGAGCAAAGGCGAUGUUGUAGCAGUGUUUGCUCCAAAUCAGUAUGAUCACGCCGUGCUUUAUCUUUCCUUACUUGGGGCGCAGUGCAUUGUUACUCCUGGUAACCCGAGCUAUACUGAAAAGGAAUUUGACCAUCAAAUACACUUGUCUAAUGCCAAAGCUAUUGUUACCGUUCCCUCACUUUUACCCAUUUUGACAAAAGUAGCUGCUAGAAACAAUAUUCCUAAACACAGAAUUUUCUUAUUUGGAAGCGAAUCAAUAGAUGGGUUCAAGCCGUACUACUCCAUCGCUACUACAUCAAGCAAAGUCAGUCUCUCUAUCCAAGACAAACCAUCGUCUGAAGAUAUCGCGUUUAUCUGCUUCUCAAGUGGAACCACAGGUCUUGCAAAGGGUGUUAUGCUCACACACAAGAACUUUGUUGCUCAAAUGACCAUUAUCACUGAAUUUGAACAGACUGACCCAAAGCAAGAUGACAGUAUCAUACUUGGCUUCUUGCCUUUCUAUCACAUCUUUGGCUUAACUACCCUUGUUUUUCGUGCCUUUUAUUGUCUCAUAACUGUGGUGGUUGUACCAAAGUAUGAUCUGGAACUUGUAUGCCGGUUAAUUGAAAAGUACAAGAUAACCACUGCUGCCAUUGUGCCUCCAGUUGCUGUACAACUUGCAAAAAGUGAUAUACCUUUGAAGUAUGAUCUUUCUUCGCUUAGGACGCUUACUAGUGGUGCUGCUCCCUUGGGUCAUGAACAUAUCGAAGCGCUGAAUGCACGUAUUAAAGCAUAUGUACGCCAAGGAUAUGGUAUGACAGAAACGACUGCGGGCUGCAUAUACCAAAGAGUUGGGAUAAGCCCCCCAGGAUCAACUGGAGAGUUGGUAGCCAAUAUGGAAUGUAAAUUAGUGGAUGAAGCAGGCAAUGAGCUAGGCCCUGAUCAGCCAGGAGAAAUCCUUUUGAAGGGCCCAACCAUUAUGAAAGGCUACCUGAAUGACGAUAAAGCAAAUGCAGAGACAUUCACAGAGGAUGGGUGGUUGCGUACAGGAGAUGUUGCAAGAUACGAUUCUAAAUAUGGUGAAUUUUUUAUUAUCGAUCGUAUUAAAGAGCUCAUCAAGUACAAAGGAUAUCAGGUUGCUCCAGCUGAGCUAGAAGCGCUAUUAAUGAGUCAUCCAAGUGUUGCAGAUUGUUGUGUUAUUGGUGUAUAUGAUGCAGCUCAGGCAACGGAGCUCCCUCGAGCUUACAUUGUUCUUCAGCCUACUGUCGCAAGAAGCAAAGAAACGGCAGCCAAAAUAACGCAAUUUGUGAAUGGAAAUGUAGUGGAUUACAAAAAACUUCGAGGCGGUAUUCGAUUUAUAGAUCAAGUUCCUAAAAGCCCAAGUGGAAAGAUUUUAAGAAGAACAGUAAAAGAAUGGGUAAAACAAGAGCAGGAACAGCAGAUCUCUCGAGCUCAUUUGUAAAGAAACUUUAAAUAAUUGUAUAAACUUCAUAUUAUAAAG